UUGUACUCGAACGAGAAACCGGCCGGGUGGGGCCUGUUCGUUUAGUCGUGCUUACGAGACUCAGUGUGAAAGUGACUGCGUAGAACGCAGUAGGGAGCGGUUGGGCCCUCGAAGAACGAUUUUAAGGCUUGUCUUCGCGCCCAUGGCCGACAAGUUUUAUUAAAUAACAUCGGAUAAAAUGUGAGAAUAUAUUAAAUGUGAAAGAAAAAACGAAAAUGUUACGACACCACGUGCGAUACCGCGUUCUAGUAUUCGUCGUUUUCACGCUCUGCCAAGUAUCGGAAAGUAGCAAACCAAUUAUUUCACCGAACCAAGAAGAAAUUGUAUUAAAUGAAGGGGAACCUUUAAAAUUUACUUGCACAGGCUCAACACCACUCCAAUUUAUUUAUCCCGAUGCGAUUAAUACUUCAAUGCGGGAAAUAACCGAGGAUAAGGAAAAUGAUGUUUACAUAUAUACUUUUCAACGAGCAAAAACUAAUUUUGGCGAUACAGGAUGGUAUGGUUGUGCCGAUUAUAAUGUUGAAAUUGUUUCUGAUAACGACUUUGAUAAUUCUGAGGUGAAGUGGCUAUACGUUUACGUACAAUCUAGUACGAAUUUAUUCGCUAAAGCGGACGUCUUUUCUCAUUUGAGUGCUGUUGCUGGUAAUAAUGGUGUAAUACCAUGCAGGCCUACAUGGCCGAACCUAGUACCUAUUUUAUCUUACGAUAAUAUGCAGGAAGAUGAAUUGGAGGAAAGGAUAUCAUUUGAUCCUAGAAUUGGCUUUACAAUUAGAGACCUGACAGUAAAAGAUAGCGACUAUUACAAAUGCUUGAUAAAGAAGGAUGACGAAGAGCAAGAGGCCAUUUUUGUCUUAGCUGUAGAGCUAAAGCAAACUCUGUCCGAGCCAAAAAUUCACGAGGGCAAUUUGCGUCAUGUCACACGUGGACAAAACCUGUACGUCAAUUGUACCAUUGAACUUGACCCAUCUGUUCACCUGUACGUAUUUAAUUGGACCACACCGCAACAAAAGAAUGACAGCAGAGUAAAAACUGAACUGUUUAGGCAACUGCACGAUUACUUAGUUACGGUUCAGUUGACCGUACUUAACAUAACGGACGAGGACGCGGGAGAGUACGAAUGUUUUAUUAGAUCCGCUUAUGAGACGAAAAAAACAACGAAAACCAUUACAAUACACGAUCCUCAAAUAAAGUUCAUAAAUCUUACGUCUCAACACAUUGAUAGAUAUUAUCAAGGAGAAAAAGGCGGUAAGGUGCAAUGGGUUGUAUAUGUUGAUGCAUAUCCUAAACCGCAUUUACAAUGGUUUAAACCAAAUGGUCAGGAAAUUACAGAGAAUCAAAAGUAUUUCGUAAACAUAAGUACAACAGCUACCAUUUUGAAGAUAAGAAAUUUAGAAAUAACGGAUACAGGAGAUUAUAUACUUGAAGCUAAAAAUGAUUAUUUGAUCAAAAAAUUAAAUUUUACACUCGAUAUCAUAUCUAAGCCUUUUACAAUAUUAACUGAGAUUGAAUCUUAUUAUGCACCUAAUGAAACUGCGGAAUUCCGUUGUGAAGUACUAUCACAUCCUGAGCCAAAUAUAACAUGGAAUUUUUUGAAAUGUCCUAAUUAUCCAUCACUUAAAAAUUCAACAACUGUUCAACUGACGGAUGUAAUGCAAAGCAGCUCCGGAUACGGAUUCGAAUCAAGAGCAAAAAUGCUUAUCGAGGUAUCGGGAAAAAUAACAUGUAAAGCUUGCAAUAUCCUGGAUUGUGAUGCCGUGACGGAUAACAUUUUUGUUUCUGAUGGAGUAGGUGCUUUUGGGAUUAUCGGACCAAAGGAAGAAGUAACCGAAGGCGAUAAUGUUGAAUUGAUAUGUGCUGCUUCUGUUUACAACUACACAGACGAGUUUGCAUGGACAAAAUUAGAUAACAAGACUGAAACGUCAGUUAACGAAACAGAAAGACUACAGAUAAUGCGAUAUGAAACUCCGUUUACUUAUCGAUCAACUCUAAAAAUUCAUGAUGUCCAAGAAUCAGAUGCUGCUUCUUAUAUUUGUACUGGGAAAUACAUAAAUAAAAACCACGAGGUUUCCGAAACAGUCCUAUCUGAUUCUGCAAACUACGAAUUAAAAGUUCACGAGGCAGUGUCCCCGUUUUUCACAAAAACUAACAUGAACGAAACAAUAGUGAAAAAUAUCGACGUGAUUGCCGAAGGCCAUAAAACACUUGUUUUACAAUGUUUUGCGGAUGGAAUGCCAAAACCGAUCAUUGCUUGGUACAAGGACAAUGUACUGUUAAUGGAAAAUGAGCAAUAUUUAUUCAAAUACAAUUAUCAGGAACUUGAUAUUAAAUAUUUUAAGCAACAUGAUAGCGGAAAGUAUUCCUGUCGCGCUAUCAAUCGAUUAGGCAUAAAUGAAACCUACCAGCAGAUAAUUGUAAAACAUGGAAAAUGGCAGAAACUUGACGUAAUAUUAGCUGCUUCAAUAGCUAUUUUAGGUAUCAUAUUAGUGAUUUUAGCAAUCUUUUUCACAAUUAAGGUUCGUCGUGAAAAGAAAAUGCGAAAAGAAUUAAUGGAAGCAGGUCUCAUGCACUUUGAAGAAGGUGCUCUGGAAUGUCUAAAUCCGGAUUUGACGGUUGAUGAUCAAGCAGAAUUAUUGCCUUAUGAUAAAAAAUGGGAAUUCCCAAGAGAACGAUUAAAGCUCGGAAAACAAUUGGGCAGUGGUGCUUUUGGAGUUGUAAUGAAAGCAGAAGCGCAGGGAAUAUGUGAAGAAGAAACUGCCACAACUGUCGCCGUAAAAAUGGUGCGUCGAACUACCGAUCCAACUUAUGUUCGUGCUCUUGCCAGUGAACUGAAAAUCAUGGUGCACCUUGGCAAGCACCUGAACGUUGUUAAUCUACUUGGUGCAUGCACUAAAAAUAUUUCUAAACGCGAAUUGUUGGUAAUUGUCGAAUAUUGCCGUUUUGGAAAUUUGCAUAAUUAUCUCUUGAGACACAGAAGUAAUUUUAUAAAUCAAAUUGAUCCCAACACUGAAAAACUUGAUCUCACUAUCGGUAUGGAUUUAUUAACGAGAACUGACAGUGUCAGUAGUAAUAACAGGAUAAAAUAUGCGGCAUUAUCCUUCUCUCGCAGUCUUAGUGCGAACUCAGGCAACGAUACGGUGGUACAUUAUUGUCCGGGAACAGGCUCGGACUCUCAAGAGAUCAAUUUUUCGCCAGACGGCUGUAUUAUCAGCAAUAAUUCAACUCAACCAGCAUGGAGAACAAAUUAUCCCGGUGAUUACAAAGACCAAAAUCUCAAACCAAUCUGCACUCAAGAUCUUUUAUCUUAUGCCUUUCAAGUGGCGCGUGGAAUGGAAUAUUUAAGCCAAAGAAGGGUAUUGCACGGUGAUCUUGCAGCAAGAAAUAUUUUGCUUUGCGAAAAUAAUGUAGUAAAGAUUUGCGAUUUUGGCCUCGCAAAGACAAUGUACAAAGAUGAUAAUUACAAGAAAAAAGGUGAUAGUCCAUUGCCUAUAAAAUGGAUGGCCAUCGAAUCGAUCAGAGAUCGAAUUUUUUCGACACAAUCCGAUAUAUGGUCCUUUGGUAUAGUACUUUGGGAGUUCUUUACUCUGUCUGAGACACCGUACCACGGCAUGGAAGCCGAAAAAUUAUAUCAAAAAUUGAUCGAGGGCUACAGAAUGGAGCAGCCAAAAUAUGCCAUUUGCGAAAUUUAUGAAAUAAUGAUUCAAUGCUGGAAAGCUAAACCUACGUUACGCCCAAGUUUCACAGACCUCGCGGAGAGCAUUGGUAAUUUAUUGGAGGAAAGUGUGAGAUCGCACUAUAUCAGUUUGAACACCCCCUAUAUGGAUCUGAAUUCGAUGACUCUGGAGAACAGCAAGAACGAUUAUCUGACAAUGAUGUCCGCGCCGGAUCACGUUGCUCUAUCAUCACCACAUAAUUACGCGAACUCACCAUUCGCGGAGGGCGUCCCGGAUUCCACGUAUUUAUGCAUGAGUCCUAGCUGUCAGACUAACGAGUCUGGGAUAUUUAGCCCAAGACCACAUGAGAAUUGUUCGCAUUUCGAGUUCCCGUCCCCCGCGUCAGACUCGGAGGAUGCGAUCGAACUGUCGCCCAUGUUGAAGCACGAGGAGGACCCUUACCUGAAGCCGAUUAAUGUACAAGAACGAAGAGCAGAAUUCGCGCGACAAAGACAAGCGAUGAAGAAUCAGGUAGCCGAGAGACCAAUCGAUCGAGAUUCCGGUUAUUGCAACGCGCCGCGAAAUCUUCAUCUGAUAGACCUGAACGAUGUAGAUGAAAAUGACGCGACUGAGCAAACAAACGUGGACUCGAGGAAGGAUUAUGCGCCAUCCAUCAUCAGUACUCAGGAUAACUAUGUGAACAUGCCGAAACAAAAGAGCGACCUAAGAUUGGGUGUGCCAGAUGGCUUCAGUAAUCCUAGCUACGUGAUGAUAAAUACUCACGAAAUGGACCAGAGAGCUUAAUCCACUUAUAUAAUGAUCGCAAUUAUGUGUUUUGUGCAUACUGAAUCGUUUUAAAAACAGAAUUCAAUGUGACUUAGUGAUUUAUUUAUAAUUUUUUAUUGAACUGAUUUUUUCUACUAUUAUAGGUGUAAUCGUAUAUUGUGAUACUAUCACGGAACAUAGUAUCUAAUAAUAUAAGAUAACAUUUAAUUUAGUAAUUCGUGAAACGUCUCUUAAUCAAUGUGCCAUGGUAAUUAAUAUCAGCAAAAUUGCAUCUCAGUGAGAAGAAAAAAAAUUUCUUAUGAAUAUAUGUAUAUCACAAAGAGUAUAAAAAACAUUCAUUGUUAGUACAUUCGCACUUAUUAUGUACAAAAAUUUUAAUUAUCUUAUUUUUAAUAUGAUAUAUAGGUUUUUAAUUUUUUAAAUAAUUUACAUGUAUAUACGUAUUUCCUCGUGGAAAUGAAGUUUUAUGAACAAAGAUUUUAUCGAUAAACUGAUGCACUUUCCGACUUUAAGAAUUAACAUUUUCAAAUGUUACAAUGCUUCCAAUGUGGAAAAUAUAUACGAGUUCAAAACAUUAAAUCAAACUAUAAAUUGUAUAUAAGUAAAAUGAUUAAUUAUCGACAAAUUGUGCAUCUGUAUGAUUAUUGCAUAUGAUUUAUUUACUAAUACUGAAUGUAUCGUAAAAUAAUCAAAUUGUAUCUCUUCUA